CUUGUUGAUACCAAAGAAGUCACCGAAGAGGAUUUAACAAAGUAUCGACAGGUACAUAAUGUUCACUACGAGACAAAGAUGUUUUCAAGUAAUGACUCUGAAGCGUUGAAAGAUUUGCUGAACAACGAAGAUUACAUUGACAGAAUAAAUGACCAAUUUCUGUCUAAAUUUUUAUUUACCGUUGACCAGCAUUCAUGUAUAACAAACGAGGAGUUACAGAGCCACAUGAAAGUUUCAACACUUAUUGAUGAGAUGCAAAAAUGUGGCGAGAAAGUUUAUAAAUGUUUCAAAAAAGUACUCGUAUCUUUAGAUAUCGAGGGUGUCUUACAAAAUCUUGAGUACGAGAAACAGAAAAGGACACUUGGAAAACGUGAACACAUGUCAGGAAGUGAGUCCGACAUUGACUGUAGACAUAUAGUGAAGAAGAAGAAACUAGAUAAAAAUGUUGAAUAUGCUGUUGUAAGUUACAACAGAAAGGAUGAGAAAGUUAAAACUGAAUUUGAACAAAUAGGCCUUAGCAUUGAGAAUUUUGAAAAUGGAUCAAUAAUCGUCACCUUUAGUGCAAAAGACACAUUGGCAUGGGAGAGGUUAAAACAGUAUUGUAAGCGAGGUAAUAUAGAUCGUCUAGUGAAGGAUAUAUUUAAUCAUGAAGGUAUACCAGAGAAACUUGAAGAUGGAAAGUUCAACAUGAAAUUGUCGAUAUAUGAAUCCAAAGAAAGUACAUCAGAUCAGAAAAAUGGAAUUUUGGUUUUGGAAACAUAUGACGAAACAUCCGAAACAAGUAAAAUAGAUACACCCAAUGAUCCAGUAACUGAAGUUUUGUUAGAAGAACUUGACAUAACAGAUGAUCUUUUGAAAUUUUUGAAAAAGGAAUGUCUUGUUGACAUCAACAUUGAAGAUGAAAUAAAGAAAGAACUUGGAAGAAAACAGAAAGUCCAUUGUCUAUUGCAAAACAUUCUAAAACAUGAUAAAGAUGGGUAUACUAUACUGACGGAAUCAUACAUCAAAAGCAAUAAUGAUUAUCUGCACAAGGUUUUGAUGGAGAAAAAUAACUUAAACCAAAUACAUUCCGGGCUAGAAAAAAGUAGGGUGAUGGCAAAAGAUCCGAGAAAAGACUUUGAGAUGCUGUUAUAUCGAUGUACUGCUACAUUUGGAAUAGAAACAGAAGAUUCAGCGAGGAAGAUGGAUCCUGGAAACAGGAGCAUCACCUGCUUGGGAACUACUGAUUCACAAUGUUUCUUUGAUGACAGAAGAAGUGACAAAGACGGUGGUCAUGACAAGAGAAAAGAAAAGAGUAUCAAUUUAGGGAGUCCAAUAAUGCCUAAGAAAAUAAAACAAGACGAGGACAAAGAAGAAAAAGAAAGACGAAAAAGGGAAUCAAAGGAACGAAAGAUGUCGUUAAGACGAAGGAAGAAGGAAUCAAAAUCAUAGAGAAAAAAAUCAAAUAUUGGAUUUUAUGUUUGGUUCAUUUUUUUCCACAAUGGAUUGGGAUACGCAAAAUAUAAAAGCCCUAAAUGGUGUAUUUUUUGUUUGUUUGAUUGUUUUGUUCAAGAACUUUAUUCAGUACGUUAUUUCAACUUAAGUUUUGAUUUGAUUUUACACAUUCAGGUACUUUGGUGAGCUUUAUAUAUGUUUAUAUAUCACAAUGGUUAUAUUAACUGUGUGACAUAAAGCCAACAUCAAGUGAAUAUAACAGUCUUUGUUAAUUGCUUGCACACAAAUCGUUAUAACAAUUACUUUUAUAUCAUUAUGUAAUAUUAUAUGUACUCAAAUGUUUUUAAAGAGUGUUUAACGUCAUUUUACAAUCAUUUCGUCUGCUUUCCGUAUGUUUUCAUAUAUUUCUAUGCUUGCUUGAAACAGUUAAGUAGGUAAUACCCUCUCAUUUUCUUUCUUUUUUAUUUAAUAAACACUAAAUGAAGUUAGUCCACAUUUCUCUACAGGUUCAACAUGUUAAGUUUGGGAUAGGUAGUUAUUUAGAUUGUACAAUUUGUUGAGCGUUUAGAUAUAUUUUAUGUUAAGAAAAGAUUGUUUGCAUUUUUGAAUUAUUGUCUUUUAUCUCUUAUCACACUGCGCAAACUCAUGCAAGAAAAAACAUGUUUAUUAAGUUAUUCCUUAUGAAUAAAAUGUAACCCUUAAAAUUAUUGAAAUACAUUUUUCAUGAAAACAUUGCGAUAGUAUUUUCAAAUUGCACUUCAAUUUAAAACAUUUUAAUACUAACUUUAACAGUGUAGAGGAAUGUGUAAGUGCGUGUUGACAUACUGUAACUAUAAAUCAUUUAAUUUUUGUUGUGUCUCUAACAAGCCUAAGUUUAUUUGUUUCAGUUGUUAAAAUCUGGAAAAGGGAAAUACCUCGAAAUUAAUAGACAUAAGAAUAAAAGUUGAACAUUGCUGACUUCGUUUCAUUUAGUCUUUUCAUAUGGAAAAUGAAAGUUGAAUCGUUUCACAUGUCCCUAGCAUCGUCUUAAACAGUAUAAAUUCUUCCAUAAGAUUAAAUUUUUAGAUCAAUGAUCCAAAUGGAUCUUACAAGUAUAAGAACACUCGGAUAAGGUAUGGGUAAGUAUGUUAACAAACCUCGCAGGAUCUUCCAUUGUAAACAGAAAAUACCACAAGUAUAAAUCUAUUGAAGAAAUUAGACAGUGUUUCAUGACCAGCAAAACAACUGUUUUGAUUUAAAAUGCCCCUUCCAUUAUUUUUCACGCUUUUGCUCAUAAAUGGAAUCAUGCUUACUAGACCUUCUAAACACACAUCAAAGAAUAAUCUUAUCAUGGUAAAUCUAUAAUUGAUUAUGUACUGUACUAUGGUAUCAUUUACACAUAUUCGUAACUUAAUUGUAUAUUUUUCUAAAUCCUUUUGCUUGUCAGCACAAUUUCAAUUCAUUGAAAACUAUUAUUUAUUACGCUUUAGAAAGUAUGCAAAGUGUUUGAAAACAUUUCAAUAAAAUAUGUAGUUGUAUAUGACUUUUGUUAAUGAGCAUGAAGUAAUAUGGUAAUCCUUCAAAUUUCUGUUUUAUAAUCAUUGUCCUGUCUUAAAAUGA